CCUACUGCCAACCAAAUCAUUCACCUGCCCCUAACUCAAUUACCAGCCGCCCUGUUGAUAUUGCAUUGAAUAAAACCUGGCGGAAAUUAUACAGCAAUUAUGUGGAUGCUAAGACUUUAGCCUAACUAGAUACUGUUUAUAACUCGUCUUAAUGGAAUGGCGGGAAAGAGGCGGCCAAGUCCACAGCUAGUCGGUAACCCGUUCAUCAAGAAGAGGAAUCUGGAAUGGUCCCUGGAUCUUGUCGGUUCUACGCAAGACAAUAACGAAAGCAGUAGUUCCGAAGAGUCACAUGAUCGGGUACCUGGUCUAGAUAGCGAGGGUCCAGACACGUCGGCAAUUGAGGCUGGGAAGGUGAAGAUUAAAGAUCAUGUAACUUACUUCAGCACACUUUUGGCGAAGGCGACCAUCUCUCCUUUCCCCUCAAGUACGCCAAGGCUAUCGAUCGACGUUUAUAAGCAGCUGUAUGAGACAAACUCGGGCAAUCCGAAAGGCGCACAUUUUGUCGUGCAUCAGCAUGAUCAUCCCAUCGCGGGAACGCAUUACGAUCUCCGAUUACAGAUAAAUGAGACUAGCAGUGUGUCAUGGGCCAUCAUGUACGGGCUUCCAGGUGAUCCGAAUAGCCGGCGCCCAAACAGGAACGCCACUGAGACGAGGAUCCACACUCUCUGGAAUCAUCUCAUAGAGACAGCCUCAGCCUCGACAGGCUCGCUCAUAAUCUGGGAUACGGGAACGUACACCGUUCUCCCGUCGCGAAGGAACAAGAGACGCGCUAAUUCCAACUCACAAUCGGAGGAGGAAGGUCCUUCGUCCGAACUCACGGAACAGGAGAAACUCCACAGGGCGUUUCAAGCGCGGAAAAUCCGUCUGCAACUCAACGGCACACGACUUCCGCGUAACUACGUGUUGAAUCUGCGUCUCACCAAGGAAGAAGACACCGCCGGCCGCGCUAGAAGCACGCGCGCGCCUACGAGGCGGCGGAGGCGAGGUCUCUCAUCAUCAUCAUCAUCACGGGGAAGAACCACAGGAGAAAGGAAAGGUAACGCGGCAGAACCCGGCACGAGCUCUGGUCCUGACUUCGACUCUGACUACGAGGAGUCCGAAAUCGUGAACGCGCCGAAUGAACAAGUAGUAGAUGCAGGCGAGGAAGAAGUCUCGCCCAUGGAGCGCGAGAUCCGCGAGCUCGAGGACGAGGAGGUGCGACGUACAAACGCGUACCCCGGCGCGACGAACUCGAUUGGGAGUGUCCAUCAGAGGCACUGGUACCUCUCGCUCGAUAGGGAGGCGUGCGGAUUUGUGAGUCGACGGAUAUAUGGGCGUAUGGUUUGGGAGUUGGAGGGGGGCGGUAAUGCUACUAAGGGGGAGGAAAAUAAAAGUGGAGAUGAAGAUGGAGAGGGAAAGGGGGAUAGUGGUAGGCUCGCGUUCCCGUUCUACGUUCGUGGUGUCGAUGUCGAGAGGAGCGUCAUAACUAGGCGGACGGGCGCUGCUGUGCUGAGGCAUGAGGGCGUCGAGGGGUAUGUGGGCCGAAAGGGCUGGCGGCCUGUGUUGAAUUAAACUCAAUCUGGAGCCGGUAUGUAGGAGAGGUAGUGAGAUGAUCAUGCGUGCUUAUUUCGCCAUCCGGUGUUAUUUGAGGGCAAUGGAGCAAUAUGAUCUCAGGUCAAAUCCUCUGGGAAUGAGGGGGAUACUGCCAUUCGAAUGACAAAGAGUAUGAAAUACGCAUUCUGUCACACAUGAA